UAUCAGCAAAUGUUUAUAGAAGAAAGUUAUUACACUAGCGUGACACUGGUGAUCUGGGUCGCAUAUCUUCCAUCUUCCACCAACCACAACUAUCACCACCAGUGGUUCAUAAAUUUGAUGAAAUUGGCACUCUCGAACAAGUGAUUCUUUCGAUUUUACCUUAUGUGCCUCGUUUUGUACACCCUACGUGCUCUACCUAUUACCAAGAUUCCUAUCUGAAUUAAGAUCGGCCUUAUGCCGCUACUGCAAUUUCCAUAUCUAGAGAGCCGGGUGUCUUCCAAAUCCGACCUUUAAAAAUGCUUUACAGCAGUUUUUAUCUUGUAGAACGGUUGAUUUAUGCAACUUGAAAUUUCAAAAAUUGUCUAUGAUUUUGUAUCUUCAACGGACGGAGACUUUUUCUCUUAAAUUAUGUAAACUGAAUGUUGACGUUUGAAGGGAGGAUGGCAGCAAAAACUGGGGAAUCAAUGUCUUCUAAUGGUAUGACUGAAACUUCAAAUAUGGUCAAUGGAAAGGCAUCUACAAAUUCAGCUGUAAGUCUGAAAGCCAAAAUCACAGGUCUUCCUUCGUCCUACUGUCUAGAGGAUUUCAGGAAAUGGUUAUCCGAAGAGUUACUUGUAACCUUUACUGAACUCUCUGUCUUACCAACAGCAGCGAACAUUGUUAUGUUAACUUGUGCUGAAGAAGAACAAAUUAAACUUGCAGUGGACGCAAUCAGUCACAAAAAAUGGCGAGGGAAUGAGAUAACAUGUGUUAAAGCUACUUCUUCAGACUUUAAAAGAAAGCCUAAUGACAGACUUGGUGAUGAAGUAGGUGGUAAGAAGGCCAGAAACCUAACUCCUCGUGAAAAAGUCUUCAGAUUUAACUGCUCAAAUCAACAUAUACCUUACAAGGAACAGCUUUCACAACUUUUUGAGGAGGCCAGAAAUGGAACAAGGCAUUUAGGAGAGGUACUAGUGUCACAUAAUCCAGAUCUUGUAGGAUGGUGGCACAACCAGCUGCAGAAGCACAAGGGAGAUGCUCUCUUAUUGCAGAAAGUAAUUGGUUCCCCUAUCGUUGAUGGCUACCGUAACAAAUAUGAUUUCAAAAUUGGUGUUGAUCCGGACUCUAAACAGCCUACAGUCGGCUUAAAACUGGACUACCAAUCAGAUUAUGCAAUUUCUGUGAAGCCUGGUGAUGAAUUCAAACAGUUUCCAGAUAGUAUGAAAAAAAUUGUGGAGGUAUUUGAUGCCUACAUAAAGGCCUCAGACCUUCCACCAUUUUCGACAUCAAAUGGGCAUUGGCGUAAUAUUGUUAUCAGAGUAGGAUCAAAUGAGGAAAUUUUGGUAAUGGUGGUUUUUCACCCAAGAGAACUUUCCCCGGAAGCUGUUGAAGCUGUAAAUGCAGAUCUUGUUGACUUUUUUGUGAACCGUGAAGGGAGAGACCACGGUGUUGUGUCUCUGUACUGCAAACUGUACUCCUUGUCAGUUGACAAAAAUUGUCCAGAAUCUGAAAAGCCACCUGUGAAAUUAUGGGGAACCGAUUGCAUUGAAGAUAUAUUAUCGGACAUUGGUUUGUCCUUCAUUAUAAGCCCCACCAGUUUCUUUCAAGUCAAUAAAAGUGCAGGGGAGAAGUUGUACAGCGCUGUUUCUGAACUGGCACAUAUUGAUGCAGAAACAAGUGUAUUAGAUAUUUGUUGUGCAUCUGGUGGAAUCGCAAUGACACUUGCAAAGAAAGCCAAAGAGGUGUUUGGGAUUGAUGUUGUUGAAUCCAGUGUAAAUGAUGGUAAAGCUAAUGCAGAGAAGAAUGGAUUAACCAAUUGUGAAUUCAUAAGUGGCCGGGCUGAAGAAGUUUUACCCUCAGUUCUUAAAAGGUGUACAGGAAAAAAAGUUGUUGCAAUAGUUGAUCCACCUAGAGAUGGUCUGGGACCAUCUGUUGUGGCAGAACUUCGCAAGUGUAAAAAUCUGUCAAAAGUUGUGUACAUUGUCUCAAGCCAGCGUGUCAUUCACAAAAACUUUAUUGAAUUUGCAGCCCCUGCUUAUUUUACCAAGCAGCCGAGCAAGCCAUUAGUGCCAGUACGAGUCAUUCCAGUAGAUUUGGCCCCCCACACUUUACAUUGCUGCCUAGUGGUGCUACUGGAACGGGUAGACCCUUUGAAGUAUGAGGUUCUGCCUGGAGUGCCAAUGGGCCCCUGCCCAAUGCCCGUGCCUCCCAUGAUGGGCCCCGGACUGCCUAUGGGCCCUCGGGCUCCUAUGGGGCCCUGCGGCCCUGGAGCAGGGCCACGAGGUCCAAGACCUCUUGGUCCGUUAGGGCCACUGGGCGCGCCACCCAUGGGACCCCCUUUGGGACCUCCCAUAGGGCCGCCCAUGGGACCCCCUAUGGGUCCACGACCUCCGCUGGGCGCUCCUCGCUCCCAGAGAGGUCCCAUUGGCGGGGCGCGUGGGCCUGGGCCGAGGCCGGGACAUGGCAUGCGGCCGCCCGGGCCUGCCGGACCAAGGCCGCUGAGGCCUCCGCCCCUCGUGAGAGGACCUCGACCUCGGCCUCCUCAUGCGCCGCACCAGGCGCCGGCAGGGCGGGGGAAGGGGCGCGGGAACGGCCCUCCUGUAGGCCCUAUGCCGAGGCCAAGACACAUCCCAGGGGACAAUUUCUACCAGGAUGACCCCCUUGAUGGACCGUCAUUCUUCGGACCAGAAGCUGAUGUGCAGCCACCGCUACCGCCCGCACCUGCGUUUUGGUAAAAUGGGUCUUGAGAUCCAUGACGAUAAUUAAGAGAAUUUCAAUGUGGAACUUGACUCAAGCUACUUAUUAGCAAGCUGUGUUGAAACUGAUCAUAGUUAUUGUGAAUAUUGUCUUUGUUAUGUGCGUCAAAUUUGAUGCAAAAUGGAUUUAAAUUUUCCGACCAUUAUGGUAGUGAUCAUGGUAGUGUUUUCUGCAUGGUUUUCACAAAACCUUUGCAUCAAAAUAAUUUCAGUUACAAUUUAAGUCAUAGAGAUACCUGAUGGCUAUGAUGGAUUUAAUUGGCUCAUACAGUCCUAUGUAUUUAUUUCAAAACCAAAUGAACUGGCUCUGAAAAGCCACAACUACAAUUCCCACGCACAUGUUCCCACUUGUCUUUGUGCAUGGGUAUUCUAAUGAAAGCUACAAGUUGUAGAUGGUUUUAUUAGAGUACAGUAUUUUAUCUAAGUUGUAAGUAUUAAAUAUUACAUAUUUUAUGUUGUUGAAAUAAUCAAUUGCAGAUUUCAAUGUUGACUUUGUCUGCCAUGUGCUGCUCCAGAAAUUUAAUGUUAUUCUGUCCCAUGUGUAUGAUGUUGAAGGGACCAGUAUAGAGUCGUGAAUAAAAUAUUGGAUUUGUUUUAAUCCAUAACAUUAUGAGGACUCUGACCAAUUAAGACAUUUCUGGAAAGUGAACUGUCUCUUCAAAAACUUAUGUUAUGCAACUUUCAUUUAUCAGCAAGUGUGAGAUGGAAGGCACCACCCUCAGUUUUUUCACAGAUCCUUCUCACUUACUAGCCUCAAAUCAUCACUUACGUAUGUUUACUUCAUUACAGUUUUGUAUCACUGUGACUGUUAAAGUUUUGUUUGAACGUUGCUUCAAUGGUGUUUAUAGAUUUUUAUUACUAUCUGUUGUUUGAAAUAAUAGCCACAAUACAUCACUAAAAAUUGUACCGGAUUAUUAUUAAUUUUUUUUUUAAAGGAAUAUUGAGCUCUGCAUUCUCUGCCUUAACCAAACUUCUCUCAUAUAUGAAUGUCUCAUAUUUAGCUGUUACACUAUCAGUCUUUUGAAGGAUUUCAAAAUAUUUCUCAAAUGUCCUUGAUAUAGAUUUAUGUAAUCAUGCUCUAAAUUAUAACUUUUGUUAUAUGUGGCUUAGUGUAUGAAAAUGGUGCUGAUAACAAGGCCAUAUUCUAAAAAGUUUUUUAUCAUGUUGAUGUGUGAAAUGAACAUAACAGUAGUCUGUUAAAAGCUGUCCCUCUUAAAUAAAAUCCUUGAUUUUAUAGUUA